AUGAAUCAGGUGGAGCCUCAAACCGUUCAACCACCGCCAGCUCAAGCACCACCAGCUCAGGCGCCGCUAGCAGAAGGAUGUGGCAUAUGUGGUGAUUUUAGCCACGGAACCAACGAGUGCCACCGAAUGGGGGAGUUCACACCUGAAGGGGAAGCAGAGGUCUAUGCUGCCCAGGGAUACCAGGGGAGACCUCAAUUUGAACAGAGGCCCAUGUUUAAUCAAGGGCAACAGAAUCCCAACGUGGGGUGGAGAACUCAGCAGAAUUCUGGAUGGAGGAACCAAGCGCCUGGCCAAGGGUCGGGACCAAAUCAAGGCAAUCAAUUCCGCCGCCCUCCUCAGCAAUUUGGGUAUCAGAAUCAGCAGCAGUUUUACCCACCUCAGCAGCAGUUCCCUUUUCCUCAGCAGCAGAACUACCC